CCCAUCGACUCCCUUAAUUGGGUGCUAGGAACGGCUCUGCAUAUGUUCGAGCAAGACACGACAUUGGGUCCAAAGAAAUGUCUAUAUGAGCCCAUCUUCCACACUGCACUCUGCCUUGCUAGCAAUCUGUCUGAGACUCUCCACCCUUGUCUAUAUCCAAACCCACUCCCCGAGGAUAAAGACAUUCUCUCCGCAGAGCACACCGCGAAUCCUCAUCCUUCUCCUCCAUGUCCAUCCCGCCACAUCAACAUGCUCCCUCCCUAACGGCACCGCCCCCGACGACGAAGCCUCAGCGCCCUAUUCCUCCGACCCCACAAACCCCCUGAGCACAAUAUGCCGCCACACGCAAUGGGCCAACCCCCCGGGCAGCGACAUAGCAUUCGGCUCCACGCAAAACGAGCGUCUGCCCACCGGCCUGUGCCACAACCGCGGCUUCUCUACCACGCCCGGCGAGGAGCAGCGUCCGUGGAUUAGGUACUAUCGCGUCUACUGCACGCAUGGCGACUGAGGAAGCGGCGCUUGUCUUGAUGUUUGCGAUACCGGGGAGAGCGCGGAUGUGGCACAGUUGACGCCGUGCGACGCGGCGAAUUCGUCUGAGAAAUGGUGCUGUGGGGAUACGACGGCGUGUUGUGCGCCGGUGUACAAGCCGGGCGCGGUUACGCUUCCUGGUCUGUUCGCCGGGCUGGCUGCAUCGUCCUUGUCCUCGUCGUCUGCGCUUCCUUCAUCAACGGAUCAUUCUUUACCGCCUGCGAUAUCUGCUUCUGGUGGCUUGUUGGACGGCGCGAAGGGUGGGAU